AUGGGUGUCCUCCCUCUUGUGGAGAGAGUGCUCACCCGGAGAAGGCCUGUUUUUCCGUUGCCCGCAUCUUCAUCUUCUGUUCUAGGAUCUUUACUUGCUGGUUCACCCUGCGAUGCAUCCGGAACUCCUCGGUUAUGCGACUUGCCUUCUGUGGGUCACUCACAAGUUCGAAGAUCGUCGGGGUUUUCUCACAUCAUUCGACGCUUACCCAUCAGAGGAAAUGAGGAGAGCAGGCUCUGCAAGAUUUUGUUCUCUACCAUGGGGGAAUCUAUUCUGGUCUGGGCGCAAGACCCGGGGCAAGUAGCCUUGGAGAUUAAGAACGCCGUUGAUGAACGAAGACUCGAUGGCGCAUGGAGACUGUACGAACAACACGUACAUAUGGAUGGCUUUCCGAGACAAUCGGUGCUGAGCAAGCUUGUAUGCGGUCUUGCGGAGAGCUGCGAUCGGCAAUGGCUGUGUAAAGCUUCCGGCUUGGCUGAGCAACUCUUUGAAGAGAAGAAGCACGAAUUGCUGGGCAAGCAAGCUCUGAUUUAUCUCUCCUAUGUUCUUGCGAAAUGCGAAUUGGCUGUUCCUGCAUCGACCCUGUUGAGGAAACUAGUCGAAGUUGGGGAAUUCCCACCUGCAGCAGUGUGGACUUGUGUCGUUGCGCACAUCUCACAGACGGCUGCUGGUGCCUUUCUUGCAGCAGAGCUGGUCAGCGAGAUUGGCUAUAUCUUCAAGGACAACAGAGUGGAUCCUCGGAAGAAAUCUAACAAGCCGCUGCUGCUGAUGAGACCCGAUCCAGUGGCCUUCAACCUUGCUCUGACCGGGUGCCUUGUGUUUGGAACUACGAAGAAAGCCGAGCAGCUGCUCGAGCUGAUGCCACGGGUGGGCAUCAGGGCUGACCCCGACUUGCUGAUUGUCAUGGCUCAUGUGUUUGAGAGGAACGGGCGGAUUGAUGAGAUGAAGAAACUUAGGCGGCAUAUCGAUGAUGCCUGUGGUGACCUGAAAGAUUCACAGUUUCAGCAGUUCUACAAUUCCCUGCUCUCUUGCCAUCUCAAGCUGCGGGAGUUGACUUCAGCGUGUGAUCUGGUCUUGGACAUGCUUCGGAGAGCAAAGAAGGCCAAGAGUUCUCUUGCUGCUGCGAGAUCGGUUCUGGAAGUUGUUCAAGAGGGCAGGAAGCCCUCUCUCUCAAUGGAAGACGACUCUGGUGCAGAGGAACUUGUCGCCUCUGAAGAACUCAGCUUGAUUAAAGCCCGGCCUCCGUCUUUUACAGAUUUCACACGAGAUAGGAAAUUCUUGAGGCUUGAUGCCGAGGUAAAGGCCCUACUUCGCCACUUAUCAGAUAAGCUUCAGGCUCAAGCUGAGCUGGUCAAAGUGGAGUGCGGCAUUCUCCAUCCAUCUGAGAAAAUAUAUGCUAAAUUGGUCAGAGCUUUCUUGGAGGCCGGCAAGAUUGAUGAUCUGGCAGCGUUUUUGAUCAAGGUAAACAAUGAAGAGUCUCCAGUCUCUCGUGAAAACUCUGUGGUCGUCCAAGUUGUGGAUGCUUGUAUUACCAUGGGGCUCUUAGAACCAGCGCACGAUCUACUCGAUGAACUGAGGUUCCAUGGGGUCAGAGUUAGUUCUUCUGUGUAUUCCUCCCUCUUGAAAGCAUACUGCCGAGAAGGUCGGAUGGGGGAGAUCACCGCCCUGUUGAAAGACGCUCAGAAGGCUGGUGUCCAACUGGAUUCAAGCUGCUAUGAGUCCCUGAUUCAGGCACGGGUUCAUCAGAAGAACAUCGCAGGUGCUCUUCACCUGUUCAGAGAGAUGAAGGAGUCUAGCCUGUUGCGAUCCGGCCAGGAGGACUUUGAGCAGCUGCUGGAAGGCUGUGCAGGGAAUGGGAAACCGAGCUUGAUGUCCAGGCUCUUGAUGGAGAUUAGGGAAGAUGACCGGGUGGAGUGUGGGGUUCAUGACUGGAACAACGUGAUACACUUCUUCUGCAAGAAGAGGCUGAUGCAGGAUGCUCACAAGGCCAUGAGGAAGAUGAGGGCCUUGGGGCACACCCCAAAUGCCCAGACUUUCCAUUCUUUGGUCACUGGGUACGCGGCGAUCGGGGGAAAGUACGUGGAGAUCACCGACUUGUGGGGGGAGAUGAAGGCGCUCAGUGGGUCAACCCCAGUUGACUUUGACCAGGAGCUCCUCGACUCCCUGCUGUAUUGCUUUGUGAGGGGCGGGUUCUUCCUUCGAGCCAACGAAGUGGUGGGGAUGAUGGAGAGAGAGAGCAUGUUCAUUGACAAGUACAAGUACCGCACACUCUGGCUCAAGUACCACCGGACGCUUUACAAGGGCAAGGCCCCCAAGAUCCAGACAGAAGCGCAGUGCAAGAGGAGGGAAGCGGCUUUGACUUUCAGGGCAUGGCUGGGCUUUUCCUAG